AACGAACAAACGUGGCGUUCAUGAUUGUUGACAACGCAAAUAAAAUAAAACACCUCACCAAAAAAAUGCUCCCAAUUACAGUUUCAAUGUCUCAUCACAAAUUUCAUACAUUGAUUCAGCUAGGUAGUUCCAUUCUUCUUCCUUGCUACUUUACGCCAUCACUGCCAUUUUUGUUAUUUUUUCUGUGUUGACAUGCUUACAGAAUCAGUGUAACUGUGAAUUAUAAAUGGUGAAACUAUAGCUGAAGGUACUAUUUCCUUUGUUUAUUAGUUACAAUUCAGCGUGGAUAAGGACUUUAUUUAAAAAAUAUUGUGUGGACAUACGUGUUUUUGUGCUUGCUUUUUUAUAUAUGUGGAAUCUGGAUCUUGCUGUCACUGUCGUCAAUACUGUUAAUUAAUUGUUUUGAUUCAUUAUUAAUAAUCAGGGUUUCUUUCCAUUUCUAAUUUUGAUUCAUAAUCUUCUCAUUUAUUGCUUUGAAUCGACAAUGCCAUGGUGGGAUUUGAGAUCUGUUUUCGUUUUCAAGAAUUUCAGAUGCUUUUCGCAGUCUCAGAACGGAUUAAGUCAAAGGUUGGAAACUUCUGCUGGAUUUUCUCAACUGUUCCGGCCGUUGAUAGCCCACAAGAAACACCAGGGUAGAAUGAGGGAUGCCCAGCCUGGAUCACAUACUGUGAGCGUGAGGUCUCAUGGUGUGACGGUUGCAUCAUAUACAGUGAGGUCUCAUGGUAUAACAGUGGCAAGGACUCAUUUAAAUGACUGGAUGAUCCUAAUACUACUUUUGGGGAUAGUUGUCCUUCUGAAUGUUAUCCAUCCGUUUUACCGGUUUGUUGGGAAAGACAUGAUGGAAGACCUCAAGUAUCCUUUAAAAAGUAAUACUGUACCUUUUUGGGCUGUGCCAGUGUAUGCUGUUCUGCUGCCUAUGGUUGUAUUUCUGCUCAUUUAUUUUCGGCGAAGAGAUGUCUAUGAUCUUCAUCAUGCCAUAUUGGGCCUUUUGUUCUCUGUUGUGGUAACAGCUGUUAUCACAGGUGCUAUAAAAGAUGCAGUUGGAAGGCCUAGGCCAGACUUCUUCUGGCGCUGUUUUCCAGAUGGGAAGGAAGUUUACGAUAAAUGGGGAGAUGUUGUAUGCCAUGGUGACAAAAAUGUUGUCAGGGAAGGGCAUAAAAGUUUUCCAAGUGGUCAUACCUCCUUGUCCUUUGCUGGUCUUGGCUUUCUAUCGCUUUAUUUAUCUGGCAAGAUACAAGUCUUUGACUGUAGAGGACAUGUUGCUAAACUGUGUCUCGUAUUACUUCCACUUCUUCUUGCAUCUCUGGUUGCCAUUUCUCGGGUGGAUGACUAUUGGCAUCAUUGGCAGGAUGUGUUUGCUGGAGGUCUGAUUGGUCUAGUAGUUGCAACAUUAUGCUAUUUGCAGUUCUUCCCACCUCCAUAUAAUGAUCAAGGCUGGGCGACCUAUGCUUACUCCCGUAUGCUGGAGGAGUCCCAGGGAGCUGUAGAAACAUCUAAUGGUGAAAAUGCCAACGCAAAUAAUACAUGCAACGCAGAGGUUCAAAUAGGAAGUCAACCGAACCAUAGAAACAACAACACAUUUACGGGCAUUUCCUUGUCCGGAGAUUCUGGUCCAACCGUGGAAGAUCUGGAAUCUGGGAGGAGGUAGUUUAACUUUGAGGCAAUUGAUAUUUGGAAUAGUGACCCAGAGUUACAUGAGAUGACCUUUUUUGAAGAAAAGAUACAUGGGAUAUAUAGACUAGAUUUCAUUCUUGUCACACUGAUCACAGGGCAAAUGCUUUACAUAUGCAUGUAAAAAUUGUAAAUUUUUUUCUUAUUGUACAAGUUGCUCAAACUUUUGUAGCGUUUUAGUUGAUAUCUUGUAUGAUAGUGUUACAUGUAACAUCAAGUUUAGAGAACAUUUUUGUGAAGCAGAAA